AUGGUUCUUCAAGUGUCAGUGUUGCAGAAUCUGCAGGGCAAACCCAAGAGCACGGUGCUCGUCAACCUCAGUCUAUCCAACGAGUCACCCCUAACCACCUCGGCAGCGCACGCCACAUGUUGCGGUUCCUCCCCAUUGGGGUUCCCUCAACUGAAAGCGGAUAUGGAGAAGCAGGCGCAAGUUCUUGUAGCACAGAUGGCGGCCCCAAAAAUAGUGAGGAUAUUGACGCAUGCGCUUCCGAGUAUUGAAAUGCGAGCGUUCGAUGUCUUGACUGGCAGAAAUGUCAGAUUGAGUGAGAGUGCGGAGUGGGACGAUGACGGCGAGGCUAUCGAGGACGAAGUGUCGGACGAGGAGUCCGAGAUUUCGGACCUUUCCUCAGACGAGGAUGGAUAG